AUGGUUUCUACGAGCAUUCAAGACCGGACGAAUGAGUUCCGCACAAUCCUUGCCCAGGCCCAGAAGCGGCAAACCGCAACCAAGGGCGGGCCUCAACGACAGUCCCUCCUCAACGAUUCGCAGAAAAGAGAAGCAAAUGGAGGGCCCAAUGGCCUUUCAAGAGGCACGAGGUCGGAAUUCGCUCGCAAUGCAGCACAGAUAGGGAGAGGGAUCACCACCACCAUGGGCAAGUUGGAGAGACUAGCGCAACUCGCGAAAAGAAAGGCCAUCUUCGACGACCGACCUGUUGAGAUUGCCGAGCUCACAUAUGUCAUCAAGCAAGACUUGGCUGGUCUCAAUGCACAAAUAUCCGCUCUGCAACAGCUCACGCAGUCACAACACCCAACUGCUUCCCAACCCCGAUCGGCGGACCAGGAAGGGCAGCACAACAAGAAUGUUGUAUUGAUGCUACAGAACAAGGUUACAGAUGUCGCCGCAAAUUUUAAAGAUGUCCUAGAAGUGCGUACCAAAAACAUUCAGGCGUCGAGAUCGAGGACAGAGAACUUCGUGUCGUCGGUAUCGGCAAGAUCACAACCCCAUCUGGAUGAUUCAAGGUCGCAGUCACCACUCUAUCAGGGCUCAAGUAGUCGGCAAAAAACUCCCCAGGCAUCGACGAACGACCUUCUCACCCUUGAACCUUCAAAUACUUCCACUUUGAUGAAGAAUACUCCUCAGUCCGACCAUCAGCUAUUAUUAAUGGAAGAAGCGCAGCCGACCAACACCUACAUUCAGGAACGUGGACAAGCCAUCGAAGUCAUUGAAAGGACGAUAAACGAACUGGGCAGCAUUUUCGGUCAACUUGCAACUAUGGUAUCGGAACAAGGCGAGAUGUUGCAACGGAUAGAUGCCAACACCGAGGAUGUGGUGGACAAUGUCCAGGGUGCGCAGAGAGAGCUGCUGAAAUAUUGGAACCGGGUACAAGGGAACAGAUGGCUGGUGGCUAAAAUGUUUGGUGUACUCAUGAUAUUCUUCUUACUUUGGGUGUUGAUAUCGGGUUGA